UGUUGAUCUAUUUGGGGUGUAAAUUUUAAGAAAUGAACAAUGAUCAAUUUCUGGAUUUUGAUUGUGAGCUUUAGCACCAUCUAUACAGUUCAAGCAGUUGAUCAGCCUGAUAAAGAGCUCAGUGUGGAUAUCGGAAGCUCAGCUACUCUCCGGUGUUGUAUUUCUGAAAAUGAAGUUGGAAUAAUCGCCUGGUUUAAACAACCAAACAGACAAAAACCUCGGAUUAUGGUCGAAAUAUAUAAAAGUGCUGGAGAAACAUUUUAUGAUGGAUUCCAAAAAUCUGAUUUUAAAAUUGAAAGAUUUUUAAACUGCUUCAAUAUGACCAUUUUAAAAACCACUCAGUCUGAUGAAGCCAUGUACUACUGUGCACUGAUGGAAAUUAACCCUGUGUUUGCCGAUGGAACUUAUUUAAAAAUUAAAGAUGUGCAUGCUACUACUGCAUCAGAAACAUCUGUACCAGAUCUGUGUGAUAGUUCAGUCAUGUUUAAACCAACACUGCAUGGAAACAGCACUAACAUGAAAACAGUGCUGGGUUUGGGGACGGCUUUAGGUGUGUGUGCACUUCUGAUAUUCUGUCUCAUUUAUUUUGUACUGAGAAGAAAAAAUAUAGAAAACUCCAGAGUAAAUGCUUAUGUAAAACAUCCAGGGACGAGGCAGGAGUCUGAGAGUGAAACACUAAAUUAUGCAGCUGUGCAGUUUACGAAGACUAAAGCCAAAGCUGAAAGAAGGAAAGACGGCUCAUCAGAUAAUUGUGUAACAGAAGUAAUUUAUAACACAAUACGAUAACUUUGCAAAACAGAAAAAAUAAGUAACAAAUAACUAUAGGCAAGUGUUCUCCUUAUUAUUCAUUACAGUGUUAUGUUAUGUCAACAAAAAAGCCAGAAAAUGUAAUACAUGUUUACAAUAAGAACAAUAAUUAUUUAAUAGAUGUAUGUAUGUAUAUAAGAUUUUAUGCUACAGGUUUUGUUUCUGUGCACACCUUAAUAACUAAAGUUUUUUUCACUAUUUAUUUACGAAGUGUCGAAGUAGGCUAUUUAUUUUCAGUAACGUGUAAAAAAAGUUGUAAAAAUUGACAGUAACCUGAAUGACUACAUGCGUUGUGCUUUCUGCAAAAUUAUAUUGGCCUGAUUUGCUUAACUUUUAACACAAUAAAUGUAAACAGCAAUUACACGGUAACAUGUUACAUGACCUUUAUUCAUUACUGAGCUUUAUUCCAACUGUGUUCGAACAAUAGUAUAUUCCAUGACCACUAUGUUUUCAAAAACUUCAACAUUAGCUGCUAGUGGGGCUUGUUUUCAUCACUUAUCUCUGUGCUUGUGUUUCUGGCACAAGUGAAAGGACACUGAAAAGCAUGUCUUAUAAAUAAAAUAUUUUAGACGGUUAAUAAGAGGAUUAAUAUUUUACAGGGUUAGAGGUUGGGUUGGGGGUUUACCAGUGAUGGUGUGAAACUGGUAAAUGUAGGAGGAUUAAUUAAUCAGCAGAAAAACAAACUAAAAAAAAACUAACUGAUGUAACUGUAUGUAUUGACCACAAUAAUACAGACCAUGUCGCUGAACUGGCUUCCAACCUCUUCUUAAGAUUUUUUUUGUCAUUAUUUUUUGUAGAUUGUGUGUCAAGAAAUGCAUAAAUAUUUUCAUUAAAAUAAAAGCUUUAAACACAAAUAAAAAUCCUU